UCUAAAGACCAUUCAACUGAGGGUUUCUCAGCGUGUCCAGAAACACAAAGCUGUGGAGGGGCAGAAGCUCACUGUCCGGUGUCCGUACAGCGCACGGGACUACGGCAGACAGGGGAAAGCCUGGUGCCGAUACAUGGACGAGGGAAACUGCAAUAUCUUGGUCAGAACGUACACCAGCUAUCGGCGUUAUCGACAUCGAGGCCAGGCUGAAAGAACCACAUUACACGACAACGCUCAAAACGGGACUGUGACCAUCACCGUGGAAAAGCUACAAGCAGAUGAUUCUGGUGUCUACUGGUGCGCACUUUAUGUCUCUCCUCACCUUUACCGACUAGCUGAAGUUCAAUUGGCUGUUUCCAAGGCUCCAACUACAACCAUGAGUCUCACAACACCCAUUGUCAUUACUAGCCCAGAAGCCAGCACACCAAGCAGCAGGCUUCCCUUAGGUGAUACCCCCUUCACCAUCUUCGGUGUGGUCCUGGGAGUCCUCCUUGCCCUGGCACUCAUCAGCUCAAUAAUACUGUACAUCAGGCAGCGGAAGAAGACAGGAAAAGGUGGUGAACAAGCUGAAGGCAUCUAUGACAAACCGGGGAAUCCCACAGUGCUGCAGGAUGUUGGCAAAACAGAAGAUCCCAAGGAUGACAGAGAGGGGACAUCCCAAGACCCAAAAUAUGCUAUGUUGAACUUUAAACCCCAAACCAGCCCAAAUGAAUCCAUCUACGCCAACGUUGAGCCAAGUCAGGCUCCAAUUACACGCAACAAUUUUCCUACGGAGCCUGUGGAAUAUGCCACCAUUGCGUUAAAGCCAUUACCAUCAGGUUCCAAAGAAUGAGCGCGCCCUGAAUUACCCAUUCUUCCCAGGGUAUAAAAAACUGAACUGGACUAAUGCUGGAGAUGGAUUGUAUCUGUGUAACUACACACAGGGAACAGAGUUAAGUCAUUGCUAUAAUUCAGGGGCGGGCAAUUAUUUUGGCCAGAGAGCCGCUUGCUGAGUUUUGGCAAGCCAUCGAGGGCCACAUGACAG